AAUACAUAAAAAGAAUGAAGUUAGCAAGAAUUGCUGUCAAAGGAAAACGUUUCUAGGCAGCCUUUCAAGAAAACCCUACCAAUCUCCACAUCAAAAAAUUACCAAAAAAUAGUUAGAUUUCACUUAAUUACCAGCACCUUUAUUAAACACAUACAUUCAAAAAGCACUUUUUACAUUCGCCAUACGUAUAAAUCAACAACACUUAUAACUAAAAUCACACAAACAACUUUGCAAAUUCUUUACGACAUAUAUUGUGCGAAUUUUCAACCAUAGGCCUAUCCGAGACAGCCGUUAUGGACGUAAUGUCAUCCUCACUGCAGCAGCAACGUAUAGUCGUCGAUCAAUUGCGACGCGAGGCGUCCAUCGCACGUCAGCCGGUCACUGAGUCCUGCGCUCAGAUGAUCAAAUAUAUCACGGAGCACGAACAGGAGGAUUAUCUUUUGACUGGAUUCUCCAGUCAGAAAGUUAAUCCCUUCCGUGAGAAGUCAUCAUGCACCGUGCUAUAAACUAUUUACAACAUUCAACAUGCAAAGCUAGAAAACGCGUUGACAUUGCCGAUAAUGACGUGGGGGUGUCUAAAUGGAGAGGAGGUUAAGUUUGGUGCGAAGCUUUGGUGGAAUGUACAACAAAUUUCUACGAAUUUGAAAUUGGAGUUUUGCAGUAAAUUAAUUGCUGUAACGUGGGUGGACGUGUGUAGGUGUGUGUUGUAGAUGUAAUAACAUGUUGAAGGGGGUAGCGGCCAUGAAGAGCGAACGGAAAAUGCAAAUUUGACAGCGAGGGAGGCAAUGAACGCGUACAAUUUGAAUACGAACAAUAUCUCAAGUACUAUGGGACAAUUAAGUACACAUAUUUAACCAAAAUAAGAAAGAAAUUCAAAUAACUAAAUCAAGUAAAUACAUAUUCAGAUGUCUACUCAUACAAACGCAUUUGAUGGUGAAUUAUAUACUAAAACCAUUAAUCUUUCUGACCACAUUCACACAUAUUAUAUACACAAAUAUA